GACAGCGAGCCACGGGGGCUGCAUUCUUGAAGGGCUGCUCGCAUGCUCGCCGCGUGGCGCCCUCCAACGAAAGAGGCUGUCGGCGUUCCGCGUGGCGCCUCCCUUCAGCGAGCCCCGUCUCCGCGUCUGCAGCGACGGCCACUCCGCCUGUGGCGGGAGCGACUCUCGCCACCAUGGCGCCAUGUCACCCGUCUCUCGUCCUCGCCUCACCCGCCUGCCCGCCUCCCCCCGGCGUCAUUGCCGUGCCCUCAACGUCAACGUCAACGUCAACGCCAGCGUCACCGUGCGCCUCUCCUCCGUCCGUGCCCCGCUUCUCCGGUCCGCGUCUCCGCCUGCUCUGAAGCGGGAUGGGAAAAGCGGCGCUUCUCGCGUUUUUUACUGUCGCUGAUCCGCUCCUGCCUUCCGUUCUCCCCUCGCCUUCCACUCGUUCCUCGCUUUCCCACUUAUUUCUUCUUCGCAGCUCCGCUAGAAAGCUCCUCGUUUCCCGCACAGCGCGCCGGCAACAGCCUCAACAGCCGCUGCCCGUCCGCCAUCGCCGUGCCGGCCCUCGUCGCUGUUCGCGCCGCAACUAGCGCGCGCGACUUGUCGCCGACACCCGCUUGCGCCGCUUGCGGCUUUCCCAGCUAACUAGAUAGUUGCGCCGCGCUCUGCCGGCUCGCGAUCUGCCCGCCCGCUUGCGGCUUUUCUAGCGCAAUUGUUAUUUGCGCCGGCGCGGAUCCCAAACCUAUCGCGCCGUCGCAUCGCGGGCGGGCGGGCGAGAUGGCCGCGCGGGGCUCGGGGAAGGCGGGGGGGGAAGGGGGGAAGGAGCGCGGGAGGGGCGCGGAGGAGGGGGAGGGCGGCGAGGGGGAGUGGUGGAAGGAGCCGCUGUGGCAGGGCGCUAUGAUCGCGGGCGGCGCCGUCGUGGCGGCGGGGCUGGGCGUGAAGUACCUGAUGGGGCGGGGGGAGGAGGGGAAGGCGGCGCACACGGGGAAGGGCAAGGCGCAUGUGCGGCGGCACGUGCAGGCGUUGGUGGUGGAUCCGGACAUGACGGUCAGAGUGCACAAGGGCGACACGCUCUGGGGCUUGGCGCACAAAUACCAGGUGCCCAUGGACGCGCUGCGCAGCGCCAACCCCGAUGUGGUGGUGGCGGGCGACCAGGUGGUGGCGGGGUCGCGGCUGUUCAUCCCCAACGUCAUCAGCGACGAGGAGUUUGACAUGCGCUCCGAUGGGGACUAGCUGGGUGGUGAAUUCGCACUGGCAGGGGGUUGGUGGGGUGCGGGUGGGGGACUAGUGGGGGGUGCAUGACGAUAGAGGCGUGUCAGAGCUUCAGCGACCGGGAUGUGAUGAGUGAUGGAGAGGUGAUGUGCCUGUGCAGAGGGAGAAGUCCACCUGGCUACCACCAAUACAAGGGGCUGGAGUGGAGCCGCAGCGCUGCAUGAACACGACCCCGUGUGCCACUGCACCUCUCCCCGCAGCAAUGCUGCCUCUGUCGAGAAGAAAACUGAACAAGUGUUGAAUAGAGAGAGAGAACAAGGGUAUAUACCGUAUUCCCCCGUAUAAAGCACCCUAGGGUGGUAACCAAAAUGCCUCUAAAUUUUGAGGAGGGUGUAAUUAGAGGCUAAUUUUGUAUAACGCCUGGGUGUUGUGGAACAUGCGUAUGUGAUAUUGUUUUUCCUAAACAAAGUGCACUGUCGUAC